CUCAACGAGCAUACAGAGUACCAUGCCUUCCGUUCCGGAGAGUACUGGAAUGCCUAUUACUCCGAGAUGGCCAGCAAGAACUACAGCUGGCGUGACCAGAACAGAGCGCUUGUCGACCAUCUACUCGAUCACCGUGACCGUCUCGCCCGCUACUCAUGGUCACCACACGAACACUGGUUUGUCGGUUGGGCCUUGUUCCACACUCAGCAGCCUGUGCGCGAUUUUCUGAUCUGGUCGCUUCUUGAAGAGCAAGGUAGAGAAGAGAAUGUGACGAUUAAGGUCUUUGGUGAGCAUUUGCAGGCGUGGGCAGAUUUCUUUGAGAGUCAGGAUGCAAAACGCUAUGUGAGUUCCACUAUCAGCCGGAUGAUGGGGUUUAUCUUGGACCAGUUCAAGGUCGGGGCUCCGUGGAGCGCACAUUACUUCGCUUCCCAGUCAACGCAUGUGCAAUGGGCACAAUACAGAUGGAAGAUGCACUGGCGAAAGAGAAAUCCUAGGCUGCAACCACAUUCACAUGGUGAGUCUCCCGGACAGUCUGUCUGCAGCGACGAGAUGGAAUGG